UCGGACCCAGCAGGAAGAUGGCAAACUCAAUGCAGGGCAAUGGGGGCCUCCCCAGCGCGGAGCUCUGGGCCUCCCACAACAGGAUGGUAAUGGAGCCGCUCGACAGCAAUGACCCGGAGGUAUACAGCAUCAUCAAGAAGGAGAAGCAGCGACAGAGGCUGGGGCUGGAGUUAAUCGCAUCAGAGAACUUUGCGAGCCGAGCAGUCCUGGAGGCCCUGGGAUCCUGCAUGAACAACAAAUACUCCGAGGGCUACCCAGGACAGAGGUACUAUGGUGGGACGGAGUUUGUAGACGAGCUGGAAAGGCUGUGCCAGAAGCGAGCCCUGCAGGCGUACCGGCUCGACCCCCAGAAGUGGGGUGUCAAUGUCCAGCCUUACUCAGGGUCACCCGCAAACUUUGCGGUGUAUACGGCCCUGGUGGAGCCCCACGGCAGGAUCAUGGGGCUGGACCUGCCCGACGGGGGCCACCUCACCCAUGGGUUCAUGACAGACAAGAAGAAGAUCUCUGCCACUUCUGUCUUCUUUGAGUCCAUGUCUUACAAGGUCAACCCCAAGACUGGCUACAUCGACUAUGACCGUCUGGAGGAGAACGCCCGUCUCUUCCAUCCCAAGCUGAUCAUAGCAGGUGUCAGCUGCUACUCGCGCAACCUGGACUACGCCCGCAUGCGCAAGAUCGCCGACGCCAAUGGUGCCUAUCUCAUGGCUGACAUGGCCCACAUCAGCGGGCUGGUGGCUGCUGGCGUGGUGCCUUCCCCUUUUGACCACUGUGAUGUCGUCUCCACCACGACCCACAAGACCUUGAGGGGCUGCAGGGCCGGCAUGAUCUUCUACCGCAAAGGCACCCGCAGUGUGGACCCCAAAACAGGCAAAGAAACACUCUACAACCUGGAGAGCCUCAUCAACCAAGCGGUCUUCCCCGGGCUGCAGGGAGGCCCACACAACCACGCCAUCGCAGGGAUCGCCGUCGCGCUGCAGCAGGCCAUGACGCCCGAGUUCAAGGCCUACCAGCAGCAGGUGGUUGCGAACUGCAAGGCGCUCUCGGUGGCACUGAUGGAGCUGGGCUACGACAUCGUCACGGGGGGCUCUGACAACCACCUGAUUCUGCUGGACCUGCGCAGCAGAGGCACAGACGGCGGCCGGGCUGAGAGGGUGCUGGAGAUUUGCUCUAUUGCCUGCAACAAGAACACGUGCCCUGGUGAUGUCAGCGCCCUGCGCCCCAGUGGCCUACGAUUCGGGACACCAGCUCUCACCUCCCGUGGCUUCCGGCAGGAUGACUUCCGAAUGGUGGCUAAGUACAUCCACAGAGGGAUCGAGCUGACGCUGCGUGUGCAGAAGGACCUGAGCCCCAAGGCCACGUUGAAGGAAUUCAAGGAGAAACUGGAGGAGGAGAAAUACCAAGGGGAGCUGAAGGCACUGAAGGAAGAGGUGGAAGCCUUCGCAGCGACCUUCCCGCUCCCAGGGCUGCCUGUCCUGUAA